GCUCCGCGUUGUGGGAUGACCCCAUCGCGGCUCCUGGCCUGUUUAGCAACUCCUAAUCCGCGUAAUCAUUCCCUCGAGAUCUUUCACUAUCACGAACUCCACUCCGCACUUCGACGUACCGACAGACGCGCCCCGCCGAGCGCCCGUUACACUGCAGCUGGGCAAACAUGAGCGACUAUGGCGAUGGUAACUACUCAGACGGCGAUUACGACCCGUGGUAUUACAUCGAGGAAACAUAUCAGGCUGCAGAUGACCUCGCAGAACACGCCGUAGCUUCACCCCCGCCUAUAUACCUCGACGAGGAUCAAUACGACGAUUUCGACCUGUUUGACUUCUGGUACGACAUAGAGGAGGGUUCUGACGCUGAUGUGGAGGAAGCAGAGGGAACGCUAGGAUCUAAAGGCCACUCUAAAACAGGCCAAAAAAGGAAGAGGGGCGCGAAGACCAUACCUGGAAGGAAGAGACGCAAGGUGGAGGGUGGGAAAAUUCAAGCGCUGCCCGUCAGGUCAACGUCACCAACGCCCACCGUUUUGUGGCUGUCGCAAAGCAACCGAGACGCCCAACGUGCUGCGAAAGUUAAAUUUCUUGACGACACCGUCAAGCCGUACGCGCUACUCAAAGACUGGCGAGAGCUUGCCGAAAGAAGCCCGAAAGGAAAGGGUCUGGUGGUACACGAACCAGAAGAAGCAUCUGAACAUGCUGUUGCUCAAUCAGGCAAAGGAAGAGCAGCGUCAAUUACGGGCCCGCUUUCUCCAUCACCAGAAUUAGAAGACGAUGAGAUGCAAGAGCUCAUUGCAACCAGUGGGAUUGAUCCAGGAGCCCUGAUGACUGCGCUGCAGAAUCGUUUAGCAGACGCUCAAGGUCUCGAAGGAUUUGACCGCUCAGUCCUGUUGAAGUAUGCCAUGCGGAUGAUGGUCAAUGAAGACGAAUCCGAGGAUAUUGCCGGAGAAUUGACCGAGGAUAUACUCGGCCGCGAUGAUGACGACCCUCACGCUGCUGGUAUUGCGUCGUGGAUUUCUCAACAGUUGGGCACGGCAGAGCAGGAUGAGGACGUUGAACCCGUUGGGGCUAGGAACGAUAGCUUCGCAGAUUCAUCUACUCGAUCGCCAUUCGCCAUACCAAUGUCUCCAGCCGUUACUACAGCUGAACAACACCCACCCACUCCAUCUUCUACCGAGACAGCUAAUAGCACGACCACCACGGCUGGAUUGGGGCUUACUGCGACACGGGUUGGCCCAGCAAGUUUAACAAAGGCCACAAAUAAGAAGGCUGCUGCAAAAGCUUCGAAGGACAAGGAAGCAUCAAAGGCCUCGGCGGCACUAAACACGUCGGACGCUACUCCACAGCCACCUACGCGCAAAAGAAAGGCGCAUGCUGACGAUGCAGAAACCACCGAGCCUGCUCCGGAGCCGAAACGAGCAGCUCGAGGAGCCCGAUCUUAUAAUGCUCCUACUGCAGCAAGCCAGGCCAGGUCAACCGCACCCGACGCUUCAACUUCGAAGACCACCAGGUCUGGGAGGGCACGGCGCGGUUAGCAUACCUCAUCACCACUAAUCGUGGUGCCAUAUCUUUUCUAUCGCUCUGAGAGCCCUUUUCAUGCAUAAUUAUUGGACAUAUCUUCUUACGGGGUUUCUUUGGGCUAUCGCGUUGGACACGGUGGCGGGUUUAGGCAUCAUCGGCCCUAGUGUUCGGGUAGGUAUCUUGGGUAUGCAUUGAAACACCUAUGAGCAUUAAGAUUGCCUCUGGGGGCUUCUAGGCACGUAUAUCCCGGGCUUUAGACUCUGGAAAAGCAGACAGCUAUGGCUAUAAGUUGAAUACUAGCUCGUGGGCUUUUCAUAGCUCAUGAAUUACUCAUGGUUAUAACUCAUCCCAC